UGCAGGUGAAAGGUCAGCCGCCUGUUGCCCCGCCCACUUUCUACGUCACUGGCUGAGUUGAAUGGGCUCCGCUGUAGUACAGCGCAGCAGAGGAAACAGGCACGUACUGCACGCUGAAGUGGACACCUCGCUGUCACACUGAGCCGAACAGAGUCGAACCAGAACCAACGGACCGGGAAGCCGCUUCCAGCUCGGAAAGGAAGACGAAUAUCUACUUUAAACUCCCAGUUUGAGUCUGUUUCUUUAGAGUACUUCUGGACAGGAUGUAGUUUGUCCUCAUGUGAGAUUAUACGAGUGGCACGAGACCGAACCUCCCACUUUUAACUUACAUCUUUAGAGAAGAAAACAGCGAGCCGAGCCGAGCCGAGCCGAACCGAGCCGAGCCGAGCCGCCCAGGAAUGGAGACUUUAAACGGCUUUCCCACACAGCGAAACGUCCUGUGUCUGUUUGACGUGGACGGCACACUGACGCCACCGAGAGAAAAAAUCGACCCGAAGCUGGACGAGUUCUUCCAGACUCUGAGGAGGAAAGUGAAGAUCGGCAUCGUGGGAGGGUCGGACUACCCGAAGAUAGCCGAGCAGCUCGGGGAAGGAGACGACGUGAUUCACAAGUUUGACUAUGUGUUUGCUGAGAACGGGACUGUUCAAUAUAAAGACGGGAAACUCCUCUCAAAGCACGCGAUCCAGAACCAUCUGGGAGAGGAGCUGCUGCAGGAUCUGAUUAACUUCUGCCUGCGGUACAUGGGGCUCAUUAAGCUGCCAAAGAAAAGGGGAACGUUUAUUGAGUUCAGGAACGGGAUGAUUAACAUUUCGCCCAUCGGUCGCAGCUGCACCCUGGAGGAGAGGAUCGAAUUUUCCGAAAUAGACAAGAGGGAGAAGAUCCGGGAGAAAUUUGUUGCUGCCCUGAAAAAGGAGUUUGCUGGAAAGGGGCUUCGCUUCACCAAAGGUGGGCUCAUCAGUUUCGAUAUUUUCCCUGAGGGCUGGGACAAGCGGCUGUGUUUAGACCUGCUGGAGAACGAAGGCCUGGACGACAUCUACUUCUUUGGCAACGAAACCUCAGACGGAGGAAACGACUACGAAAUCUUCAACGACCCGAGGACGAUCGGCUUCACCGUCUACUCGCCCGAGCACACGGCCCGGCUCUGCCGCGAACUUUUCUUCGACCUCAUCGGCACACCCUCAGCCAAAAACCCCUCCGAACUGGACGGCAGCAGGAAUAUCGAGCGCAGGCUUUUAAUGAAGUGCUGAGUGGCGCCGCUACUCAGCACUCCUUGUUAAUAAUGUUAGUCUAAUAUAUGAAUGAAAGGCAGGAGGCGGGUUUUAUUUAAAGAAACAGGCAGCAGAUGUUGAAAUUUUAAGUACUGUGCCAAAAACUACGUUUGACUGCUGUGAUGAGAAGCAUGUGACCUUAAAAUGAACCCAAAAUGAACUGGAAUAUUUAUCUUCCACAUGACUUUGGGUAUGAAGUGAUAUUUUGCACUAAUGAGAGGAUCAUUUUAUUCCUGUAGUUAUUGACAAACUCACCGCAGUUAGGGAGCGGGACGGAGGAGACUCAGACUACAACUCUUUGGUUUUUGGUGAUUAACUUCUUGAAAACAAGGAUCUCUCUACAUUUAAAGUGUAGGAUGCACCAAAGGGCCACAACAUUCCAGGUUGCUUUAAUUUUUAAACUGGAUCCGUUUUAAUAUGUUAACCAUUUAACUAUCUGGCGUCAAACAUUUACAUCAACUUCUCAAGUGUCCUGAAGCGAAUAUGAACUCCUGUAAAUGCACUUAAGGGAACAAUCAGCAGAUUUAAAAGGGAAGAUUCAAAUUUUCUUUAAUCAGAAUUCUGUCGAGUGGUUGUGAACAGUCAAUAUCUUAACAUACGAAAUGUAAUUUUUACGUAUCGAUGUGUUAAUUUGAUUUCAAUGGCCAUCCAAAGUUAUUCAAGUUUGACUAGAUGUUAGCAAAAAAAGAUUAGGUGCUAUGUACAGCAUGUAAGAUGAUUACUGCUCAUACUCUCUCUACAGAACCCCCUCUCAACUUUCACCUUUUAAAAUACCGUCCAAAAUGUAUCGAGUCAUUUAUUAAGAAAGCUGAAGGUUGAAAACAUUCCAAAGACACAUUUGUAUAUCAAGCCAAACUUUCUAUACCAUGUUUGCAUACAUUUGCCUGAAUAACUGAAAUAGAUUUGAAAAACAAAACAACAAAAAAUGCUGAAAGGCGCUAAAACAAAUUUAGUUUAAGACCAUUUGACCAAAUGACAAAUGGUCAAUUUGACUAAAGACAAAUAAGAAACUCCUGACUGGGAAUUAUCUGAUGACUUAAGCAGCGUUUAUGACUUUUGCACAGUCUGGAUGUUUAGAAAUGAAAGUGGGAAUUCAUCUCAGCCAGUGAAUUGAGCUUCUGUGACCUGCCAGAUGUUUUCUGAUCGGUUCACCUCGCUGCAGAUAAAAUGUCCGUCGCAUUAAAGUCUCCAAAUGUCUGAGCUUGAGAACAUUUUAUGAAA